CGAAGAGGGAGGGGGAGGGAGAAAACCUGGUAGGCGAUACGACACCAGGCGAUGGCCGUUUGUGUCUCGCCCUCUUGCUCUUCUUCGUCGCUUUCUCUUCCUGCUGGCUGACUGGAAUUGUUUAGGUUCCUCUCAAUGUCCGCUCCUAGAACAGAAACGCUGACUCACCCUCCGCUCUCGGCCUGCCCCCCUGGUUGACACUCGACGAACAGAGUAUACCCAGUUAGUUGCGACUAUUGUUACCUCCUGCGCCCGUUUGCAGGGCCAGUGUCACCCCACCAGACUUCCAGCUUGGUGGUGGUGGUGGUGCUGCUGCUGCUGGUGCUGCGGCUGCUGCCUGUUGUUAUUGUUGCUGCUGAGGCAUUCCUCGUAGGGACCCGAUGGCCCUGAAAGAGGAGAUGCUGCCCCCUGGGUGGACGGACCUAGACAGGCAGAUGGGCCAGCUGUUUAUGAUGGGAUUUGAUGGCACCUCGGUCAGCCCUCAGAUUCGCUCGCUCAUCGAGAACUAUCAUGUGGGCUCAGUGUUGCUAAGUGCGAAGAAUUUAAAAUCUGCGGAGGAGACGACCAAGCUGGUGUUGGAGCUGCAGACCAUCGCCCGCGAUGCUGGCCAUCCGGUACCGCUGCUGAUCGCUCUCGACCAGGAGAAUGGCGGCGUCAACAGCCUGUUUGAUGAGAUUUAUAUUCGGCAGUUCCCCAGCGCCAUGGGGAUUGCCGCGACGGGGUCCAAGACGCUAGCCCGGGAGGUCGCCCUGGCCACCGCGCAGGAGCUGAAAGCCAUCGGCGUCAACUUCCUCUUGGGCCCCGUGCUGGACGUCUUGACCAACGUGCGCAGCCAGCCGCUUGGCGUACGCACCUUUGGCGACGAUCCCCAGGAGGUCUCCCAGUAUGGAAUCGAGUUUAUGAAGGGCUACCAGGAAGCAGGUUUGACCACCUGUGGCAAGCAUUUCCCCUCCUAUGGUAACCUGGAGUUUCUCGGCUCUCAGACCGAUGUGCCCAUCAUCACCGAGUCGCUGGAGCAGCUCAGCCUGAGUGCCCUGGUCCCCUUUCGCAACGCCAUCGUCCAGGGGCUCGACGCAAUGAUGGUCGGCGGGGUUUCUCUCUCUUCCGCAGGCGUCAACGUCAUGCACGCCUGUCUGAGUGAGCAGGUCGUCGACGACUUGCUGCGCAAGGACCUCAAGUUCAACGGCGUCGUCGUCUCCGAGUGUCUCGAGAUGGAGGCCCUGACAUACAACAUCGGCGUGGGCGGCGGCACCGUCAUGGCCAAGAACGCUGGCUGCGACAUCAUCCUCCUCUGCCGCUCAUUCCCUGCCCAACAGGAGGCCAUCAACGGGCUCAAGGUCGGCGUCGAGAACGGUAUCAUCGGCCGCGCCCGCAUCGAGCAGUCUCUCCGCCGCGUUCUCCGUCUCAAGGCCAAGUGUACCUCGUGGGAGCAGGCUCUUCACCCACAAGGCCUAUCCGCCCUGACGCAGAUGCAGCCGUCUCACACGUAUCUCUCGACCAAAGCCUAUAACAAUUCCAUCACCGUCAUGCGCGACAAGAACGGUCUGCUGCCCUUGUCCAACGUGCUGGAGCCCGAAGAGGAGCUCUUGCUCCUCACCCCGCUAGUGAAGCCGUUACCGGCCUCGGCCGUCUCCCAUUCAGCCACCGAGAGCAGUCAUCAUCAUCAUCAUCAUCAUCAUCAUCAUCAACAACAACAACAACAACAACAACAACAACUCAUCGACCUCGACAUUAACCACAGUGGCAGCAGCACAAGUAAUACCAACAGUAGUAAUAACACCGACGCAAACAACACGCCGCAGUCAAUGUCGCUGGAGCACCGCACGGCCUCGGUGCUAAGCGGGGAGAGCGUGUUCAAGGAGCUAGGCCGGUCCCUGGCUCGGCAGCGGGGCGGGCGGGUGCUGCACACAUCGUACACGGCGAACGGGGUGCGGCCGAUCCACGAGAAGUUGAUCGAGCGGGCGAGCGCGGUGGUGGUGGUGACGGCCGACGCGAACCGCAACCUGUACCAACAAGGAUUCACGAAGCACGUGUCGAUGAUCUGCAAGGCGCAGCAGCCCUCCGCCGCGGCGGGGGAGGAGCAGUGCGAGAAACCACUGGUGGCGGUGGCCGUGAGCUCGCCGUACGACUUUGCCAUGGACCCGACGAUGGGGACAUACAUCUGCACGUACGACUUCACGGAGACGGCGCUGCAGGCGCUGGUGAAAGUGCUUUACGGCGAGCUGACGCCGACGGGGGCGCUCCCCGGCUCGGUCAACCGCAGCCAGAAGCUGCACCAGUCACGGCAGCACUGGCUGGUGGAGAACUGGAACGAGGAGCGCGACGCGCGGGCGCUGGACGCGCUGCUGGCCGCCGUACGGGCGGACUGCACCAAGCACCAGCAGCGCGGCGAGCUGCUCGGGGUGAGCUCGAGCAGCUUCCUGCUGCGCAACGAGGAGCUGGUACACGAAGCACACUUUGUGGUGCGCAACAGCAGCACACACGCCCUGUACGGGUUCUGCUCGACCUAUUUUUUCCCCGCGACGGGCACAGGGACGAUCGGCUCCGUCAUCGUCGACCCGGCGCGCCGCAAGCUGUCCAUCGGCCACUCGCUACACCAGCGCGCCAUCCGCACGCUCCUGCAGCGGCCGGGGAUGAAGCGCUUCCAGCUGGGGUCUCGGCUUCCGGGUAUCUACCUUGGCAUUCCCGCGGGGCACCCCGUAGAGCGCAAGCGGCUGCGGCAAUGGUUCGCAAACCUAGGAUGGAACACCGCGCUGUCGCGGCCCGUGUUUAGUGUCAUCCUGCGCAAUCUGUCCACAUGGACGGCCCCAACGCCUACACCCACAUCUACAUCAACAUCUACAUCUACAUCUACAUCAACAUCUGCAUCUGCAUCUACGUCAAUAUCAAUAUCAACAUCUACAUCCACAUCAACAUCAACGACAGACAUUACGUACGACCUGGUCUCUGGGUGGGAGUACGCCGAGUCGAUCCUAGGCCACAUCAAGGCCAACUACUCGCGACAAGGGGUGACAGAGAUUUACCAGCUCGCGCUGUCGGGCGCCCCAGACUGUGGGAUCAUCCGGGCGCGCCGGUCGACAGACGGGGUUGUGCUGGGCAGUCUAGUGCUAUAUAACGAGCGGUCGCGGCUAGCCGAGUACAUGCCUGCCAUGCGCAGUCAAAACCACACCACCCCCACUACCAAAUCUAACCCUAGUAUAUCCUCGAUCGGAGGGAUUUCGUCACCGGUUAUCUCGCCAUUAAUCGGCGAGUAUGCGACUCUACUGCAGGGGUUGAUCAUGCUGGGGAUCAAGCAGAUGCGCAAGGCGGGAGCCGAAGCAGUAGUCAUGGAUUGUGUCGACGGAGACAGCAAUUUCGACUGCUUGUCCACGCUGGGAUUCCAGAUGCUACACAGUUUCGAGGAGGUCAACUGUGAUGCAGCGACGUGGAUGUCUUGACUUGUAGAUAGUUCCUACCAUGAUUAUACUACAACUUUGCUAGUGCUAGUAACUACUAGUACAUGCGACUCCCGAGCAUAAGUACUAAGUACUACAUACGAGUAAGGAUAAGCGAGUAACUAGUGAGGAAUUAGUAACUACUCCGGAGGAACAGGAGACUAGAUCGGAUCGGAGAGAGUUAGUCUGGAGGAUUGCUCCAGAAGUAUAGACAGGCAGGCAUAUAAUCAAGUCUAGUAGAGUACGAUAUAGUCAAGUAGCACA